UCUUCUUAGCGCGCGUUACGGAACGGCGUGUUCACGUUUCGACAUUUUCGAGCAUGUAUUUAUGGCGAACGAGGUGGUCGGCCCGGGGAGGGGGAUAAACGCGAGAGCGAACAAGGCGGAAGGUGGAAAGCGGAAAGUGGAAGGAGGAAAGAAAAGACGAUGAAAUGGUUUCAAAGCGGCGAACGCGCGAGCGAGUUCACCGAAGAAAAAGUACCGGCUUUGGUGGGGCAACGUAGCGAGGACGUAGCGGCGCGAUGGUGUGAGAACGCGGGUGUCACGCGGCGUUGGCAUGUCGGCAACGAAGGUAUAUACGCGUGCACGAGCGCGCGCGGGACCAACACCGAAACCAAGCCAGGAGGGAGAGAGGGAAAGAUAGAACGGCGAUUGCCGCUGCCGCUGCCGCUGCCACUACCGGUAGACAGUGGAGAGCGGCAGAGCACCACGGAGAACCGUGUUAUCGAAAGGAGUGGUCGUGGCGAUCGGAGACUAGACUGAAAUCGCAGACUCGAGUGUGCUCCCGGAUUCGUGCGUCGAUCCUGCUGACAUUCUCGCUCGCGACGUCCACGCGAUUCGGGUGAUCCCGAAGAUGGGUUAAACGGUGGUUAAUCGCGCGUAACCUCUCGCGCCGUGUUUCCACGAGUGAGUACACGGUGACAAGUACCUGUAGACGCGUGUCGAUCGACCUGUCGGCGCCUUGCGAGUGGUUCGAAGGGUAUCACGCGGAAAGGGAGCAAAGGAUAAUGCGCCGAAUCGCCGACGUUCGAGUUGCGUGAACAAGGACGAGGACGAAGAGGACGAAGACGACGACGAGGACGUAGACGAAGACGAAGACGAGGAAGACAGAUUUGCUGACGACAGCGCGUCGAAGCGCGGACAAUGCAGCAACUACGUGACCGACCGAGCUACGCUCGCCGAUACGACUAGCCAAGAUCAACCUCGAUCUCGAAACGUACCUCGUCGCAUCGUCGCCGUUGGUUAGUCGCUAAGAAUACUUGUGCAAUCGUCGAACGGAAGAAUUAUUUUGGUCGCGGUUGGCCAAUCGCGUGACGAUUCGCGCGAUAGAACAACAGUUCGGACGGCCGAGGCUCGCGAGGCGAGGUGCGCGAGUUGCUCCAUCAGAAACCGUUAAUCGCGAACUUGGAUCGGAUCGGGCUAAGUAGGACAGAGUGCAAUAAUCCUACUUAAGGAAGUGCUUACGAUCCGCGCGCGCGCGCGCGUGCGCAAGGCUACUCGCUCCGAGUUCCCGAAACCGUGAAACCGACCGACCGUUCGUUGUUUGUCGCAACCCCUUCGAACGCGUCGAGUCGCGAUCUAAACUCCCGGUAGUCCACGGGCUCGUCGAUCGCGCGUUCGAUCGCCUCGUUACGCGUAACGUAUCGAGUGAUCCGGACGUAAACGACGCUACGUGGAACAGCACGUUCGACGAUAAGUGUGCCGCGAGGAGAGACGGACGAUCGUUAUCGAAUCUAUUUCCGGAACGAAUCGGUAUCUUUCCUUCCAUUACUGCGAACGAUAAGGUUGUACGCGGUGAAUUGACGUCGAUCGGAACGAGACACGUUGCGAAACAUGGAUGUAAAAGCGAUCGCAGGAUCGCGCGGUCAACGGUGAGCACACGCGCGGCGGGGGCACACAGCGAAGACGACACACAGCGAAGACGAAAACGGUAUAGCCACGGCCGUGAAUAAUCGAUCGCGCGACUGUCGUUGCCUUUAGAAUACGUGGCGCGGAUCACGGAAAGUGGUUCGCGUGGUGUGCGCAACAAGUUCGAAAAAGCACGUGACCGUUGGAGCGGCUACCGGAGCAAACAUCCGAGCGGUGUAGAUAACACUUCUAACGCGAACCUUAUCCAAACCGCGUAUCCGUGUCGCUUUUUAUCUCCCUCCCUCUCCUCCGUGUUUUUCCUUCCUCAUUUUCACUGUACCUCUUACGUAUCGCUGGUCGAGUUUAAAAGACAAGCUCCGAAGAUUGUCGUCGAUAUCUGCUGGGAAAUUACGAAAUUCGAAUACAAGUGGGAAGAGGAGAGGAAGAAGAGAGGAUAAGAGCAUAGCGCAUCGUAGUGUUCCGUACCGUGUUGUGCUGUGAUUUGCUGUGCUGUGAUUUACCGUGCCGCGCGAGGCGUAAUUCGAACGAAUAAUUUCGUUGCACGUUCGGCCGGUGGACGUGUCCAUUUUUCUCCGGAGAACCGCGCGACAAUGCGACGAACUGGUUCAGGAUACAACGCGAUCGCUGUUCCGCCGAAAGGUGGACGCCGCUGAAUGACUUUCCCAUUUUGCGGGGUUGUUUUCGACUCGUCCGACCAGAGGACGAGACAAAUGCCUGUCGCGUCGGAAGACUGGGCGCCGCAUCCGGCCAACAUAACCAGUUCUAUUCCUAUCGUUAAAACUGCUACCAUUCAAACCACGACCACAGCUUGGAUGUCGCCGUACAGCAGAACUUCGUCCUCCGAACAUUCAUCAUCGAACAAUAACAACCUCCAUCACCACCAUCAUAAUUACAACCAUACUCAUCAUCACCUCCAUCACCGCCAUCACCACCGUCGUCGCAGUAACAGCAACGGCAGCAGCAGCAGCGGCACCAGUAACAGCAGCAGCAACAGCAACAGCAACAACAUUAACAACGUGAACAGCGCCAAUAACAACGUCAACAACAUCAUCAUCAACAACCACAACCACAGCAACAACAACAAUGGUGUCGUCAUACUCGAAGGUUGCAGGCCACCCCCGGCUACCACGGCUAGAAGGUUCCUUCGGUGGUUCAGCAGGCUCGGACAACCACCGUUGGGAAAAUCAGGGGUGUUGGAGAUGGCGGCCACGGAGAGCACGAUUCGAUUUAGCGGCCACACAUUGGACAAGGCUACGAAGGCCAAGGUGACGUUGGAGAAUUACUAUAGUAAUCUGAUAGCCCAGCACAUCGAGCGCAAGCAGAGGCUCGCGAAGCUAGAGGAAUCAUUGAAAGAUGAAGGGCUCUCGGAGCAACAGAAGCAAGAGAAGCGGCUGCAGCACGCUCAGAAGGAGACCGAGUUCCUUCGUCUGAAGCGCUCCAGACUCGGCGUGGAAGACUUCGAGCCGCUCAAAGUGAUCGGCAGAGGCGCCUUCGGAGAGGUGAGACUCGUGCAGAAGAAGGACACCGGACACGUCUACGCCAUGAAGAUUCUGAGAAAAGCCGAUAUGCUGCAGAAGGAGCAAGUGGCGCACGUCCGAGCUGAAAGAGAUGUCCUGGUGGAAGCGGAUCAUCAGUGGGUUGUGAAAAUGUACUACAGCUUUCAGGAUCCUAUAAACCUCUAUCUGAUAAUGGAGUUUCUUCCGGGCGGUGAUAUGAUGACACUGCUGAUGAAGAAGGAUACGCUUUCCGAGGAAUGCACGCAAUUUUACAUUUCCGAGACGGCUUUGGCGAUCGACUCGAUUCAUAAGCUUGGUUUUAUUCACAGAGACAUCAAGCCGGACAAUUUGUUGCUCGACGCACGGGGGCAUAUUAAACUUUCCGAUUUUGGGCUGUGCACGGGACUGAAGAAGUCGCACAGAACCGAUUUCUACAGAGAUCUCAGUCAGGCGAAACCGUCUGAUUUCAUGACGUCCUGCGGCAGCGGCAGCGGCGGAGCGAGGGACAGCAAAAGGAGAGCCGAGAGCUGGAAACGAAACAGAAGAGCGCUGGCCUAUAGCACGGUGGGGACGCCCGAUUAUAUAGCUCCAGAAGUGUUUUUGCAGACUGGUUACGGGCCAGCUUGCGAUUGUUGGUCUCUGGGGGUAAUCAUGUACGAAAUGCUAAUAGGUUAUCCUCCGUUCUGCAGCGAGAAUCCGCAAGAGACGUACAGAAAAGUAAUGAAUUGGAGAGAGACUUUGGUAUUUCCGCCGGAAAUUCCCAUUAGCGAGGAAGCUAAGGACACUAUAAUCAGGUUUUGUUGCGAAGCCGACAGAAGAUUAGGUGCGCAAAGAGGUAUCGAAGAGCUGAAGUUAGCGCCGUUCUUCCGCGGUGUUGAUUGGGAACAUAUCAGGGAGAGACCGGCCGCGAUUCCGGUCGAGGUACGUUCCAUUGACGACACCUCAAAUUUCGACGAAUUCCCGGAUGUAAAAUUAGAGAUACCAUCCGCGCCGAUGCCUCAGGACGGAGAAGUGAAUUACAAGGACUGGGUAUUCAUAAAUUAUACGUUCAAACGUUUCGAAGGAUUAACCCAACGGGGUACGCCGACCAAGAAAUAGCAACACCCUAUUCCUUGUUCGGUUACGACCGGCAGUCAGCAAUCUGACGCAGCUGCUAUUCCGGCCUUGGUACAUCAUCCGCACCCUCCGCUGUCAUCGACGACAUCACGAAUGGAUGGUUGAUCCGUUCUACUUUCCGUAUACGGCAUGGUCAAUCAUCAGAGGGUGAUUCGUUCUUGUCUCUGCGUAUAUGUAUACAUAUAUACACACACCGUAUGUCUAUGUAUAUAUACACACAUGUGAUGUGACGAUCGCGCUAUUAAAUGCAAGAAAAAUAACAGAAGGCAGAUGAAGAGGACGACGACGACGACAGCGACGACUACUACAACAACGACGACGACAGCGACGAUGACGAUAGCGACGAUGACAACAGCGACGACGACGACGACAAUAACGAUUGGCGUGUUAAAUAUCGCGUCGCGUCUUUGUCUGUAGAAAAAAAAAAUAACUAAGAACUAAGUGAACAACAUUUUGUAAACGAGCAAGUGCGAAAAUUGAUGCACAUGUGAUAUAGAAGAACCGAAGCAUUUAAUAGACCGCAGCGAAAUGUCUGCGGCUGUUUUUGCUACAAAGGACUGUGAAAAAUUAUUUCCGUUUUGCUCUCGGCAAAUUGUUUCUAUCUGACCUUCGAUGCGCAGCAUACUAAGCUCUCUGUCGUGAAAAUAUUAAUGGGAAAAGCAAGAUGGAGCCUCGGUCCGAUGAUUCUCGCAGUGCAUGCAAUUUUUGCGCAAAAUUUCAUUCGAUGCGUUCUUUCGUCCUUUUAACGUAACAUUGGCUCGGCUCUCCUAUUUAGCUCUCUUUCCAACGUUGUAUUUAUAGCUAGUGCUGUGAUAUGAAAUUGUUUGGAGAAAGUUUUGUAUACAAAUUGCUAUUUUGUCUGUUAACAAAUACUGAUCUUUACGAAUGUUGUAUUCUACUCGAUCAUCCCUACGUUUGUCCUAAAAAAUUUCGAUAUUUCUCGAUGUUAAACGCGUGUCAUAGAUUUCGCACUAUUCGAGAGCUAUUGUCCGGGAUUAGUUGUCAUACGCGAAAUUACGCGGCAAUGAUCAAUAUCAACGUAUCUAAUUAGUUUCCCCGACAUUCGACGAUCAUCCGGUCGCGUAUUGUUUCUAGUUUUCUCAAACGUUCGAGUUUCCUUUUCGUACAUUCCCGGUCGCGCGGCUGUUUGAAAUUUAUACCCAUCGCGUAGCAAACCAUGGGAGAAACCUUUGAUUUACGUGCCCGCGACGGUACGGUUCGUUGGACGUUAACUAAAUUCGAUAGCGGUACGAUUGCGAAGCGAACCACGCGGCACGAGCUUUUGCGAGAUUUUUGUGCUUUGCGAUCUUCUAUAUCAACGUACGAUGUAAAGCGUCGAAUAAAGCUAGAAUUGCGACGAAUCGAUACAGGGAUAAAACGAUUUGAGAUGCGUAAAAGGAGAAUCAUACGGGCACCGGGUCUCUCUCUUACCAAAGAAUCACUGAAAAUGCUUUCGUGCGCGUGAAAUUAGACGAGAUUAGACGAGAAUCGUAAGAAGCAUGAACGAGCGCUAAACUUGGAAGAGGACUCGUCUCGUAAAAGAAAAGAAAAAAAGAACACACACACCACACACACACACACACACACACACACACACAAAGGGCUCGUUCGUUGCCUUAUCAAGGUUCCUAACGCGUUCCAAGCAUACAGCCCAAUCGAUAACGAGCGAUCAAACAGAGAGAAGAAAAUUUCCCAACUCUGGAUA